AUGGAUACUGCCGAGGCGGGCAGCUGCUUUCACGACGGUCAGAGCUACAGCGACAAAGACGUUUGGAAGCCAGAACCAUGUCGGAUCUGUGUUUGUGACACCGGCACCGUCCUUUGCGACGACAUCAUCUGCGAGGAGCCGCGGGACUGUCCGAGCCCUGAAAUCCCCUUCGGCGAAUGCUGCCCCGUCUGCGGCACCGACCAGCACAGCGGACAACCUGGUCCCAAGGGGCAGAAGGGAGAACCUGGUGACAUUAAAGAUGUCGUAGGACCCCGAGGGCCUCCUGGACCACAGGGCCCUGCAGGUGAACAGGGACAACGAGGAGACCGUGGUGAGAAGGGGGAGAAGGGUGCUCCUGGUCCUCGAGGCAGAGAUGGAGAACCUGGGACCCCUGGUAACCCUGGACCCCCUGGCCCCCCUGGUCCCCCUGGGCCUCCUGGUAUUGGUGGGAACUUUGCAGCUCAGAUGGCUGGUGGCUUCGAUGAGAAGGCUGGAGGGGCUCAGAUGGGUGUCAUGCAGGGCCCCAUGGGCCCUAUGGGACCCCGUGGCCCCCCUGGACCAUCUGGUGCUCCUGGCCCCCAAGGAUUCCAAGGCAACCCUGGUGAGCCCGGCGAGCCCGGCUCUGCUGGUCCAAUGGGUCCCAGGGGACCACCAGGACCUCCUGGCAAACCCGGUGACGACGGUGAGACAGGGAAGCCUGGCAAAUCUGGAGAGCGUGGCCCCCCUGGCCCCCAGGGUGCUCGUGGCUUCCCUGGGACACCAGGUCUACCUGGAGUGAAAGGUCACAGGGGUUACCCUGGUUUGGAUGGUGCUAAAGGAGAAGCUGGAGCUCCUGGGGCUAAGGGUGAAUCCGGCUCCCCCGGUGAGAACGGCUCCCCCGGCCCUAUGGGUCCCCGUGGGCUGCCUGGAGAGAGGGGACGUCCCGGCCCCUCUGGUGCUGCGGGUGCCCGUGGCAAUGACGGGCUCCCCGGCCCCGCUGGACCCCCUGGACCCGUUGGCCCUGCUGGAGCUCCCGGUUUCCCCGGUGCCCCCGGUUCCAAGGGUGAAGCUGGUCCCACUGGUGCACGAGGUCCAGAGGGUGCCCAGGGUCCCCGUGGUGAAUCUGGCACAGCUGGCUCUCCUGGUCCUGCUGGGGCUCCAGGGAACCCCGGCACUGAUGGAAUCCCUGGAGCAAAGGGCUCAGCGGGUGCCCCUGGCAUCGCCGGUGCCCCCGGCUUCCCCGGCCCCCGCGGCCCCCCCGGCCCCCAGGGAGCCACUGGCCCUCUGGGACCCAAAGGCCAGACGGGCGAACCCGGCAUCGCCGGCUUCAAAGGCGAACAAGGACCGAAGGGCGAGACGGGACCCGCAGGACCCCAAGGUGCCCCCGGGCCGGCUGGGGAGGAAGGCAAAAGAGGAGCCCGAGGGGAACCGGGAGCUGCUGGUCCUGUGGGACCACCUGGAGAGAGGGGUGCUCCUGGCAACCGAGGCUUCCCCGGGCAGGAUGGACUGGCUGGACCGAAGGGUGCUCCAGGGGAGCGUGGCCCCGCUGGACUGGCCGGUCCCAAAGGAGCCACCGGAGACCCGGGACGUCCUGGAGAGCCCGGGCUGCCAGGAGCCAGGGGUCUCACCGGCCGCCCCGGCGACGCGGGUCCUCAAGGCAAAGUCGGCCCAACUGGUGCUCCUGGAGAGGAUGGUCGCCCCGGUCCCCCAGGUCCUCAGGGUGCUCGUGGUCAGCCCGGGGUGAUGGGUUUCCCUGGUCCCAAAGGUGCAAAUGGUGAGCCUGGAAAAGCUGGUGAGAAAGGACUCCCUGGGGCUCCAGGGCUGCGGGGUCUUCCUGGCAAAGAUGGUGAGACAGGAGCUGCUGGACCCCCAGGACCUGCUGGUCCUGCAGGUGAGAGAGGAGAACAAGGAGCCCCUGGACCCUCUGGCUUCCAGGGGCUGCCUGGACCCCCAGGGCCCCCCGGAGAGAGCGGCAAACCCGGAGACCAGGGUGUUCCUGGAGAAGCUGGUGCCCCCGGGCUUGUGGGUCCUAGAGGUGAACGCGGCUUCCCCGGCGAGCGCGGCGCUCCCGGCGCUCAGGGGCUGCAAGGACCCCGCGGGCUCCCUGGCACCCCGGGCACCGACGGACCCAAGGGUGCAACCGGCCCAGUGGGUCCCAACGGUGCCCAGGGACCCCCAGGGCUGCAGGGGAUGCCAGGGGAGAGAGGAGCAGCUGGAAUCGCCGGCCCCAAGGGAGACAGGGGAGAUGUUGGAGAGAAAGGUCCUGAGGGAGCCCCUGGGAAGGACGGUGCCCGUGGUCUCACAGGUCCCAUUGGCCCCCCUGGCCCUGCUGGCCCCAACGGUGAGAAGGGUGAAUCCGGCCCUCCUGGCCCCUCCGGAGCCGCCGGUGCCCGCGGUGCCCCGGGUGAGCGUGGUGAGCCCGGUGCUCCUGGUCCUGCUGGAUUUGCUGGUCCCCCGGGUGCUGACGGGCAGCCAGGUGCCAAAGGUGAACAAGGAGAGCCUGGGCAGAAGGGUGAUGCUGGUGCUCCUGGUCCCCAAGGUCCUUCUGGUGCUCCUGGCCCACAGGGUCCAACUGGUGUGACUGGUCCCAAAGGAGCCCGAGGUGCUCAGGGCCCCCCUGGAGCCACCGGAUUCCCCGGCGCCGCCGGCCGCGUGGGACCACCCGGACCCAAUGGUAACCCAGGCCCUGCUGGGCCCCCUGGCUCUGCUGGCAAAGAGGGUCCCAAAGGUGCCCGUGGGGACGUGGGUCCCACAGGCCGUGCCGGUGACCCCGGGCUGCAGGGCCCAGCGGGACCCCCGGGCGAGAAAGGGGAACCGGGCGAGGACGGCCCCGCGGGUCCUGAUGGCCCCCCUGGACCGCAGGGUCUGGCCGGACAACGUGGCAUCGUCGGUCUCCCCGGGCAGCGCGGCGAGAGAGGCUUCCCGGGGCUGCCGGGGCCAUCCGGUGAACCUGGCAAACAAGGAGCUCCUGGCUCUGCUGGUGACCGAGGUCCCCCCGGCCCUGUGGGUCCCCCUGGUCUGACAGGUCCUGCUGGUGAACCUGGCCGUGAGGGUAACCCCGGCUCCGAUGGGCCCCCAGGCAGAGACGGCGCAGCCGGCGUCAAGGGUGAUCGUGGUGAGACUGGGCCUGUGGGUGCUCCCGGUGCUCCCGGUGCCCCCGGUGCCCCCGGCCCCGUCGGUCCCACCGGCAAACAAGGAGACAGAGGCGAGACGGGUGCACAAGGUCCCAUGGGUCCCUCUGGUCCCGCCGGUGCCCGAGGAAUGCCGGGUCCCCAAGGGCCUCGUGGUGACAAGGGUGAGACAGGAGAGGCGGGAGAACGAGGGCUGAAGGGCCACCGCGGCUUCACCGGGCUCCAGGGUCUGCCUGGACCCCCUGGUCCUUCUGGAGACCAAGGUGCUGCUGGUCCUGCGGGUCCCUCUGGCCCCAGGGGUCCCCCUGGCCCCGUUGGCCCCUCGGGCAAGGACGGCUCCAACGGCAUGCCCGGCCCCAUCGGCCCCCCCGGCCCCCGCGGCCGAAGCGGUGAACCCGGCCCUGCAGGUCCUCCAGGAAACCCAGGUCCCCCCGGCCCUCCCGGUCCCCCCGGCACCGGCAUCGACAUGUCGGCGUUCGCCGGGCUGGGUCAGACGGAGAAGGGCCCCGACCCCAUCCGCUACAUGAGGGCAGACGAGGCCGUGGGCAGCCUGAGGCAGCACGAUGUGGAGGUUGAUGCCACCCUCAAGGCUCUCAACAACCAGAUCGAGAGCAUUCGAAGCCCUGAGGGCUCCAGGAAGAACCCAGCCAGGACCUGCCGUGACAUCAAGCUCUGUCACCCCGAGUGGAAGAGCGGAGAUUACUGGAUUGACCCCAACCAAGGCUGCACUUUGGAUGCCAUCAAAGUCUUCUGCAACAUGGAGACAGGAGAGACCUGUGUGUACCCCAAGCCCAGCAGCAUCCCCAAGAAGAACUGGUGGAGCAGCAAGACCAAAGACAAGAAGCACGUUUGGUUUGGAGAGACCAUUAAUGGUGGUUUCCACUUUAGCUAUGGUGAUGAGGACCUGGCUCCCAACACUGCCAACAUCCAGAUGACCUUCCUCCGCCUGCUCUCCACCGAAGGCUCCCAGAACGUCACGUACCACUGCAAGAACAGCGUCGCCUACAUGGACGAGGAGACAGGCAGCCUGAGGAAAGCUCUUCUCAUCCAGGGCUCCAAUGAUGUGGAGAUCAGGGCUGAGGGCAACAGCAGGUUCACCUACAGCGUCCUGGAGGAUGGCUGCACGAAACACACAGGCAGGUGGGGCAAGACUGUCCUGGAGUACAGGACACAGAAGACCUCCCGUCUGCCCAUUGUGGAUAUUGCACCUAUGGACAUUGGUGGAGCCGACCAGGAGUUUGGGGUCGACCUCGGCCCCGUCUGCUUCUUGUAA